GAGAAUAAAGUUCUUCAUUCAUUAUGCAGUGUACAAACAUAAGAGAGAGAGUUCCGCUUCGUUCAAACUCGUAACGAAAAUUUGAUACAAAAAACGGAAGUAAAUGAAGUUGAAAUGUCGUUUUCGGAUCAUAACAUUUCGGACAAAGCGUUAAAACACGAAUACGGUGUUCAAUCUGACAUGGAUCAACUAUUUGUCAGCAAUAUACCGCAGCUAUCGACGAUGACUUCUGUCACUGUUAACAUUACGCUGUCAAACAUUACGCAAUCAGGACAAGCUGAUCUUCUGGAAACUUUAAUUAUACCAUUAUACGGGACUAUAUUUCUACUUUCUAUAAUUGGAAAUUCGCUGGUGUUAAUUACGCUGGCGCGAAACAAGAGGAUGAGAACAGUGACCAACGUUUAUUUGUUGAAUUUGGCAGUUUCUGAUUUGCUGCUCGGCGUUUUCUGCAUACCUUUCACUCUUCUUGGACAAGUGCUAAAGAAUUUUGUCUUUGGCGUUACUAUGUGCAAGCUCAUACCUUAUUUUCAAGCUGUGUCAGUGUCUGUUGGGGUAUGGACACUCGUCGCUAUUUCCUUGGAACGUUACUUCGCCAUUUGCAGGCCAUUAAAAUCCAGAAGAUGGCAAACGCAAUUUCAUGCGUACAAAAUGAUAGCUGUGGUUUGGACUGCCAGUCUUACAUGGAAUGCUCCGAUUCUGGUCUUCUCACAACUUCAGGACAUACGUGGAGGCAGACGUAAAUGUCGAGAAGAUUGGCCGAGCGUCGGAACCGAACGAGCUUACAAUUUGUUCUUGGAUGGAACACUCCUCCUAGUCCCUUUAAUCGUGAUGAGCCUGGCUUAUUCUUUGAUCGCCGUGAAACUUUGGCGGGGAUUGCGGCAGGAAAUAAGGCAAUCAUCCUCUUGUCCACAACGUCUCGAUAGAACAGAAUCCACUGGGACCGUGAGAAACUCGACGUACGACAAGGAUGAUUCAGGCACAACUGUUGUAGUGAAUUCAUGUGGCGCAUCCUCUAGAUUAAGACGAGGAUUUUCCUCUUCACAUGGAUACUUCCAUGGCGCUUCGCAGGGAAUAUCGUCUAAGGGACGAGUUCCACGAACGAGGAUCGCCAGGGAUCCAGGUGGCAACUGUCAAGGAUCGGAAUUCUCUCAUGAAUCAGGACAGCAGGUUCGUAGCAAUGGAAGCAAUUGCCUGUCCAGAAACACGGAGGACAAUUCCGUCCGUGAGAAACAAAACUCAACUUGUCCUUUCUCCAGACAACACGUAAUACGUAGCAAUUACAUGGGUAAGAGCAUCGAGGCUAAAAAGAAGGUAAUCAGAAUGCUAUUUGUAAUAGUGUUGGAGUUCUUCAUCUGUUGGGCGCCACUACACGUGAUCAAUACGUGGUACCUUUUUGCUCCGCAACUGGUUUAUUCUAUAGUCGGGAGCACCGGAAUUAGUUUGGUGCAGCUACUCGCCUAUGUUUCCAGUUGCUGCAACCCUAUUACCUAUUGUUUCAUGAACAGAAAGUUUCGACAAGCAUUCCUCAGUCUCUUUGACUGUCACCGUUGCUGGAGAGUAGGAUGUAGAAACAGCGAUGUUGCUACGGCAUCUACUAAAAAUGCGGCUCAAGGAGGAAACAACAGCGAACUAAGUGGAAAUGAGACGACAGUGUAUCUUGGAAAAGCUUCCUUGGUUGCCAGAUCCGAGGUGGUGAGAUUGCUGGAAGAGGAAGAUCGUGUCUAGUACAGGCAGAGUGUAUCCUACAGCGAAAAUCCAAGAUCAAACGUUCCGUUGCUACAAACCGGCAACGAGCAGGACGAUUUCUUCUUAAAAAUAACAUGGCGUCCAUCUACCGACAGGGUUCAUUUACCUAAAGUGAAUAACGAUUCACAGUGUUCCUCGUCGAGAUCAACCUGCGUGGACAAUUUCAACUUCCUCUAUGACUAAUAAAAUUGAAGGUCGUAUUUCAAUUGUCCCGUGCACAAAUUUAUUACGUAAAUCAAGACACACCGUUAUGUACUUACAUCUUUUUUUAGCGAUCUUAAGACGUGUAUACUUUUGAGUGUCUUUUCAUGUCUUUAACCUCUUAGGCACGACGCGUCACUAUAAUGGCUUCCGCGAAUACCAUCUCUCUGUACGACGGUCCACUAUAGUGGCUCUCGCGAAUGUCAUCGUGGAUUACAUAGCGCCAUAAUGGUUCACUCAACAGAUUCACUCGCUCACCGUUUCGAUUGAAUGAUCGUUUUCAUAUAUUUUGAUUCGCGCUUUUUUUGCCUUCAUCACGUUUUAUAAGAGUAUUAACAAAUCCCAGAAAAGUACAUUACAUGUAAAUAAAAGAUACCAAGUAGUUUAGGCACCAUGGGAGCGCCUUUUUGCACUAAUACACGAUAUUAGAAACAUUUGGAAAUUACAUAUUUUGUGAAUUUUCUAAAAAAGUAAAUCAUCAAAGUUAAAGUAUAUGUUUCAUAUCUUUGGAGAAAAUUAUAAUUUAAUCAUCAAAAACUUCAUUCCAAUGUACUCGCGUGGAGAACAGCAUUGUCACAUUGUAGUGCUGUUUACGCGUAGUUCGCGUCGAACUCUGCCGUACAGAGAAGCAGCGCUAAAAUUCAGCCUAAGAGGUUAAUGUCUACACUAUCAACUAAAGUUAUAGGUUCUGUUUAUUUUUAGAUAGCUUAUAGUUACAGAUAUAUAAUACUUUCAUAGUAUUGUUUCUUUUUAUUACGCGAUGUUGCAAUAAGGAAAAGCAAUAGUGUUGUCCGUAACACUUUAGUGAGCUAGCUAAAAAUCAAACGAACUUAUAAUUUUAACGAAGAGUGUUAAAUUGGUGCGUGUAUAUUAGACAUAUUGAAAAGAGUUUACAAGUUUGUUUCUGUUAAUCCUUUAACAAAUUCUAUUAUGAUAGUCGCCUAAAUGUUUUCAAGCAAACACGUUGAAUGUCGUGGGCAUUGUCGAUGAUCGGCGCUGCAAAAAUGUAAUUGACUAACCGAAAGAAAAAAAUUUUGUAAAAAUUCUAAAUAGCGUUAUUAUUAUAUUAAUUUUAUAAGCUAAUAGAUAGAUUAAAUCGAAAAAUGAAAUGGUAUUCUGCAUCAUUACAAUCGUACUGUAGAGACGUGUUUUGUUUCGAUAAAGAAACGGAAGUAUAUUGUUCAGUGUUUCAAAUGUAAAACUGCGAUUGUUGCGAAUAAAAUAAAUCAGAAUAUUUUGAUUCUGAGGAAUUUUCAUUAUUGAACUUU